AAUCCUAUUUGAAAGGGCCUUCCUUCAGAUAAGAGAUUUAGUAUAUAGCUGAGAUUGUGGAAAAUCUGAAACUGACAAUGGCUGCAGAAGCGAUCCUAACACCCCCACCAAAGCAAACAGGCUCUCUGAUACUGAAACUGGUGCCAGGUCCUAAAAUGGGUCCAGACACUCUACAAGAAUCUGCUGUACCUCCCAAGACUAUCCACCAAUUAGUACUGGAGCACUUCUUUACCUUUCUGCCAGAGAAGAACCAGUCCCAAAAUCAUAAGCCUGGCAAGGACGACACCAUAAUCUUAGUAAAAGAUGUUACUUCAGCUCUGCAGAAUAGAGCUCAUCCUGCUUCCUGGGUGACUAUUUUUCCCAAGGAUAGGCGUGUCCAUAAACGGGAGAUGGUGCCCCAGACAUUUCCAUCUGACCUUCAGGAGCCUGUGGUAUUUGAGGAUCUAAAUGUGUAUCACUCCCAAGAGGAGUAUGUGGGCUUGGAUCUUGCUCAGAGGUCCCCCAUUUCCAGGAAUCAUGGAGAGGACGAUGUUGGUGACAUGGUCUUAGAAGUAGAUUGCAAUGAGAAUAAGGAAGAUGAUGAUCACCAGCCAGAAAUACCAGAGGAUGUAGAACAUCAUGAAAUGUCAUCAGGUUACUGUGAAAGGGAUGGUUCCCAGAUUUUUAAGCAGGCAAAAGACUGCGAGAAACACCCAGAUAGCCAUGAAGGAAAAAGACUAAACACUUCAGUCCCACAAGAAAAGAGAUUACGAAGUCUUUUAAUUACUGUUGAAAAUGAUACUCCAUUAGAGGACCUUUCAAAAUAUGUGGAUAUAAGUAUUCUUGCACUUUCUCAGAAUCGAAGAACACGAAGAUUCUAUACAUGUCCACAGUGUGGGAAGCACUUCACUGAAAGCUCUUACCUUAUUUCCCAUCAGAGAACACAUACUGGAGAAAAACCUUAUGAUUGUAUUCACUGUGGGAAAAGCUUCAAUCAUAAAACAAACCUUAAUAAACAUGAACGAAUCCACACUGGAGAGAAACCUUACACAUGCUCUCAGUGUGGAAAAAACUUUCGUCAGAACUCUCAUCGGAGUCGCCAUGAAGUAAUUCAUGUAAAGGAAAAACUCCUUAAAUGUCAAGAAUGUGGGAAAAGCUUCUUAGGAGAUGAAGAAUUCUUGCUUCAUCAAGAAACUCAUGAAGAAGAAAGGCCCUAUAGAUGCAGUAGAUGUGGAAGAAGAUUUAGUCGACAAUCAAACUGUACCAGACAUGAAAAAGCCCACUUCAUACCUAAAAUGCAAAAGCAAGUGUUGUCAAGUUAAUCAAUUAGACCUCAUUUACCUUGACAUGAUUCUCCCUGUGGUGACCCUCUAAAUACUAAGAAUGUAAGAAAAAUUAUUUGAAACUCUAAACUCACAUAGUGAAACUGUUAAUAGUCCAAAUGAGAUAAUAUCCAACCAUCACAGCUCAGGCAUUAUUUACUCUGAAGAAUGUAUAAGAAACUAUAUGAAUGGGCCAAGUCUUUGUAGUUCAAAGGACUAAUGAUAAUUCCCAUGUAAAGCAAUGCAAAGAGAACUGUAAAGUCUCUAAACCUCUCUUUUAAGAAAAACUUUCCUUUAUAUUUUUCUGUCUAUCUACAGGCUUCUCUUAGGAGUGACCAGAUAUUACUAAUAUAGUUGUAUCCUGCUUCCCUCUACAUGAAAAUCAACAUUAAAAUAUGGAAAUAUAGAAAUGAAUCAAGUAUACACAUACUUGUCAGAAUCUUGGACAUAGUGAACCAAUAACUCUCAUUAGGUCUAUUAAGUAAAUGACUAAAAGCUUAAAAUUCAAGGAACUAUCAUGAAUUAAUGUAAAAGGUCUAUAUAGUGGAUCACUCCCAUUUGGAUUUUACCCAAGUGCAGUUUCUGGUCCUGUAUAGCUUUUACCAUUUCAGUACAAUAUUUGUAUUCUGUGACUUAUUUUGAAUAUUCAUGUUUUAUCAGAAAAAUGCCAUUUUCCUCUUAUGUGAUUAAAAAAAGUUUUCUGCAUUCUUA